AUCAGAAAUUCAGCCAGGUAGAUUGGGUUGCCUGAAAAGGGUUCUAUGUCUGGCCUCUCCAGUGGUGGCGGAAGGGCCUCUAAGAGUGGCAACUUUGACGUUGGUGAGUGCAGCUCCGGCUGGGACAGGCUGGGUGACAGAGGAGGGUCAGUGGACCCGUCGGAGUUGGCAUAGUCCUGGACCACAUUAAUCAAAGACAUACUCGGGAUCUGUGAGUGGAGGAGGCCAGCACAGGAAAGGUACCUCUGGAGUGGGACCUGUCUCAUGGAGUAGGAACUCAAAGUUGUCCUCUGCACGGACCAGCACUAUGGGCACCGGCCAGUGGAUGUAGCUCGAGACAUUGCCUCGCAAGGAAUUAACCUCGGCCAAGGCUCUUCCGAGCUGCAGGGCCUAGAUGGGCAUUCUCUCUUCGAAGGGCAUUUAACUCCUCUCUCGGGGCCACAUUUGCCAAGCGGAGGCUAUUAAGAUUUCCUGCCGCUUCUGACAUCUUGACUAGUUCCCGGGGCUUUGAAUGUCUGGCAGUUGCGGGUAGGGACUUACGGAGACUGCAGAAGGAGGCAGAAAUGGGUAGGUGGGCGUGAGGAGAGAGCCAAGUGCAGCAACAGGGAGACUGGGCACAAGUGAGCCAGGAGUACACAGGCAGGGGUUCCGUCCGGGACUGUUACCUCGUGGCAGGGGUUGGAGAGGACGGCAGCACGGGACCUACAGGCGGGUCCUGGAGCCAGCAGGCACAGGACACUGGCGAGAUGCCGGCAAUGGUUAUGCGGACAGACACAGACAGAGUAGGAGGGAAGGAUCUGUCGAGGAAAAAUGUUGCGGGCAGCAAUCCCUCGCCCUUUAAAGGCAGCCAUUCACGGCCCCCCGCAGGGGCUGGCCUUCGGGAACUUAGGGAGCCCACUGGCUCCCGUGGCUGCGCUCUCACUCACUCUCUCCUUCCCUAGCUGCAGCUAACUCGGGUCGGGAAAAUGCGACAGCGGCUGCCCAUUCGAGGUCGUCAUGGCGACAGCCAGUGAAUGUGUUCCUCUCCUCGGGCAGGCCACCGAGUGUAGAGGAACUACUUCGCGAGGCGCAGCUUAAUCUCCAGAGCCUGUUGCAAGAAGACUAUGAGGAACAGUAUUCAGAGGCCAGACUUCUGGGGCAGACCUUCCGCUCUUCUGAUGAGGCCCCUGAGCCUACUCCCAGCCCAAGGCCCCAGUCUGACAAGCGUCUGGAGUUUGUAUUGAUGCCUACACAACGACAACUGAGAGAGGAUGAGACCACGACCCAGGGUGUGAGGGCCCCAGAGGUCUGCCUGAGCCUGUCUACUGCCAACAAGCCAACUGCCUGGGAUGGCCCCUUCCCUCUACCCAUCCUAAAGGAGAAGCACUGGCUUCAGCCCUGCUCCAUACAGUCUGACCUUGUGCCCAUCAACAUUUCCGGGCAGCAGUUUGAUAGACAUGCAAGUUUUCGACACUCAUUGUUUAACACAGAGACAGCCGUGAACCCCAAGUCCACCCUGAGGCGGAGGCGGACCAUUAUUGGAUUCUCUAACUUUUCUCAGCGAGACCAAGGUCACAGCAACAGCCCCGUAGGCAGCCUGGCCCACUCUGCCACCUCAGACAUCAGGCCUGGCCACUCAGCUCCACACGUUGUUCAAGGGAGAGUUGCUGUUGGGCAGGAUACUCGGUUCCCAAGUCUCACCUCACCAGGACUGAGACACUCUUCCAGUGAACCCGGAGACCCUCACCAGGCACACAGUGGCGCAGACCCUCCUGGCAUGGAGAGCAUGGCAGUGGUGUACAGCGUUCCCAGUUCUUGCAAUGGACCAGCAGAAUCAACAUCCUCCGCGUCCUGGAAGGGAGAUGCUUUCAUGUACAUGACUCCAAGUGCCAGUAGCCAGGGCAAUCAAGUCAGUAAAAAUGGAAAAAACCCUUCCUCGGGGAAUUCUUGGGUCUCUUUGAACACACUCCCGCCUCUGGUCCCUAAGGAAACAGCUGCUCUCUUUGUCACCCGUGAUAACCCAGCAGGAUGCACUGGGCUAUCCAGCUACUCUGAGCACCCCACUCAACGAAGACAAAUACCGGAAAGACCUCCCAAGAUUGGCCUUCUUGCUCACGGUCCCUCAAGGCUGGAAACAGGCCCAGGUGGGACCAACAGAUUCCGGGAGCGGUCACUGUCUGUGCCCACUGACUCAGGUGUCAUCUCAGUGGACUAUGAGGAAGAACAGAAAGCCAGUGAGGCCCGUAGCCUGCCCUAUACCGGUACAAGCUCUGAAGGCAGUAACAGUACCGACAACAUUGCAGCCCUCAGCACUGAGCAGGAGGCACGGCACAGAAGGCAAAGGUCCAAAAGUAUUUCACUCAAGAAGGCCAAAAAGAAGCCCUCUCCACCCAUGCGAAGCGUCUCACUAGUCAAAGAUGAGCCAGUUCUCCAACCGGAAGGUGAAUUGGUACUUCCCAAGGACCAGAGGCCCAGGAGCCUUUGCCUCUCCUUGGAACACCAGGGCCACCACCCAGAUGCUCAAGGUCACCCACCUGUGCCAACACUCAAAGAUCCAGAAGGUACGCAGUUCUCUCACCACUGGUAUCUUACUGACUGGAAGUCUGGUGAUACCUACCAAUCCUUGUCCAGCUCCAGCACUGCCACUGGCACCACAGUCAUUGAGUGCACUCAAGUUCAGGGAAGUUCAGAGUCUCUGGCCUCCCCUUCCACCUCCAGAGCGACAACACCCUCUCAGCUCUCCAUUGAGGUGGAAGCCAGGGAAGUAGCCUCCCCCGGGAGGCCCACUGGACUAAUGUCCCCUUCCAGUGGCUAUUCCAGCCAGUCAGAGACACCCACACCCACUGUCUCCAUGUCUUUGACCCUGGGCCACUUACCUCCUCCAAGUACCACUGUCCGAGUACGUCCAGUGGUACCAGAAAGGAAGUCAUCACUGCCCCCAACAUCACCAAUGGAGAAAAUCUGCAAAUCACGGUUGUCAUUUGAUCUACCACUGACCUCGUCAACCACCCUGGAUCUGUCAGGGAUGAGUAUCUCCAUCCGCAGCAAAACAAAGGUGAGCCGCCAUCACUCUGAAACCAAUUUUGGAGCUAAACUGGCACAGAAAACUAGUCCAAACCAGCCAAUCAUGCCCAUGGUUACUCAGUCUGACCUCCGUUCUGUUCGCCUGAGGUCAGUCAGCAAGUCUGAGCCAGAAGAUGACAUUGAGAGCCCAGAUUACACCGAGGAACCUGGAAUGGAAGAAGUCUUCUCCUUGCCAGAGAGAAAAGUGAAACCUCCCAUAGCCGAGAAGCCGCCACUGGCCCGAAGGCCUCCAAGUUUGAUCCACAGGCCUCCCUCCCUCCCUGGGGAGUAUCCACUAACUUCUCCUACUAUGGCUAUGACACCUAGGGGCUCUGGUACACACAUGAAGCAGCUCCCCCAAGACAGCUACACAGUGUUUCGGAAACCAAAGUCACCCAGCUUCCCCGGUGGCAGGAGCCCCGGAGACUCAGCAGCAUCCUCUACCCCUGUCUUCACACCUCUUGCCAGUUCCUCUGGUGCUUUCUUCUCAGGAACACAGCAACCUCCCCAGGCCAGUGUGGAAGAAGGGGGAUCCAAGGUGAAAGCCUUGCCUGAAAGAAUCAACCUCCAGAGCCAAGAAGAAGCUGAGAAAAAGACGAGCAAGAUUCCACCUCCAGUACCAAAAAAGCCCAGCGUGCUCUACCUGCCUCUCACCUCCCCGGUAGCUCAAACGGAUGCCUGCGUGGCAGAACCAAGGCUGCCUUUCAGCCCCAUCAUCACCCUGGAGGAAGAUGCCGAGUGUCCCUCCACUGGUGACGGCCUGAAGCCACCUGGUAAAAGGAUGACUUCGGCUCUUUGUGUUGACAGUGAAAAGGAGACCACCUCUUCAGGGAGACCUGGCGAACCAAGUACUGAAGAGAAGAGUUUAAUCAGUGAUAAAACAGCCGAAUGGAUUGCAGAGGAGGAGGAUGACGUGUUUGUAGCUUCUCGAACAACUGAAGAUUUAUUCACUGUGAUACACAGGUCCAAAAGAAAGCUAUUGGGCUGGAAAGAACCUGGGGAGGGCUUCGCGGGAAGCAGACCCAGCUCCCAUUCGCCAGUGAAGAGUACAGCUGAUUCUCCCACCAGUGAGUCUACUGCUGCCACAGGGCCAAGUGGCAGUGCCUGUCUCGACGCUGGCAGGAAUGAUGAUUUCAAGGCCUUGCUCCAGAAGAAGGGAAGUAAGGCUACUCCCAGGACCCGCCCCUCAGCGGCUGAGCUGCUGAAGACCACCAACCCUCUGGCUCGAAGAAUUAUUGCACAGUUCUCAAAAGAUUAUGAACCCACUGACAACCCAAGUACCUAAGCCUGCUUCUUACUUACUAGACCUGAAUAGAGAAGGGGGAAGACAGAGGGCUUUAGAAAGGGAUCAACCACAGAAAUGACAAAAGAAUCUAUGUCUUUGAUGUUAACUCAUACUCUGGACAGCAGAGAGGCCAACACAAUGCAACUGAGCUCACCGGGCACUUAGAUAGGCUUCAGAUCAUCUGCAUUACCAUGCCUCCAUCCUUGCCAUGACUGAACAUUGGAGUCUUUCUUAUUGUCUCCCAGCACUGUGCACUAAGAGAUCCUCAGAUCUGAGAACACAUAUGCCACCUUCUCAACGUCCUGGCUGCUUUGUCCAUUGGCUCCUAUCACUGAGGGGCAUGCUGGGAGAACAGAUUGGGGACUUCCAAACCAGGGCUGGGGACAGAGGGUGCCAAUUCCACUGCUGCUUGUCUACUCUCCUGGGGAGGCCUUGAUGGCCUUAUGUGAAGACACAGAAAGACACAGAGGCCUCCUCAACCACAGUGUGACUUUCCUCCAGAGCAAGUUCUGCAGGUGUGCACUAAUUUCGGCAUGGGGUUGAUUGGAUGGCUUUUGUGGUGCAAAAUAUGAAUGUGGCUCUUCCAAAACUUCAUGCCUUUUUCAGUUUGAUUGUCUAUGCGGAGAUCAGGGUGAUGAGUUUUAAUAAACUUCUAGGACCUCCCCCCACCCCAAUUAGCUAGAAAAGAUGUGGCUUUGGCCGAAGCCAGCUCAGCAAACGAAUGGGACCUUUGUUCACUCACACCUAGCCAAGGUAAUUUGCAUGUGCGCCUAGAGGUCUUUCAAGUGUCUGUCAACAUGGGUAGCCAGGAUCAGUGCCCAGCUCAUGCUGUAAGCGCUAAGAACUCUCAUUUCACUUGCAUGUAGCAUUCAUUACAGAAAAUCAUUAGGUAAGAAAUGUGGCAUCAUCAGAGGCUCCAGGAGUAGAAAGCACGAGUCUCUUGCCCCACAUCAUUUGAUUCAGAUUGUGCUUUCUGUGGUUGUUUGGGUUUUAUUUUAAGGAAAUCUGACUCCGUUUCAAAAAUCGGGAACCUGUAGACUUAAAAAGGUCUUCUCAAAAUCAAAAAGGCAGCCUUGCUAUGGCCCAGAAUACAAAAGGGCUACUUUUUUGCUAUUUAGGUACUGUUAUUUGGCCAACUUUCAGUUAGCCAUGGUGGGGGAGAGCAGAGCAGCUAGGAUAAAUAGAAUCCUGAAAGAGUUGCAGAACAAUCGUAAUUACCCCUUCCCUUCCAAAGCCAAUAGGCACUGGCUGUUCUUGUCAACUCAAUUUUGUAAGCAGAGCAAGAGCUCCUGAUUGUCAUGCACCUGGUUUCUGAGGAGCCGGGGACAAGAUAGGCAAAGCACUGAGCAGAGAACUUGCUGGCCAGUGCUGGGAAGCUUAUUGUCUUCUGGUGUCAAGGGGCCAAAAGGAAAUGAACCAGUAUAUGCUUUGCAAAAAAAAAAAAAAAAAAAAAAAAAAAAAAAAAAAAAGUUCCCUGGCCUCUUCGUCCUGCACCUCCUGCCCUACCAGCUUCCUUGCUCAGUCUCUUGGAAGAAGCAGUAAGAGGGCCAGAGGCAAUCGGAUCUUCAUUUUGAUAGGGCAUUACUUCCUACCAACGAGAAGCAAGCUCUUAGUUCAACUGCCCAUACUCCAACAAGACAACGUUGCUGAAAAGAACUAAACCAGGUACUGAGAAGACUCAGUCUUCUGGCAUAGAAGCCCUGGGCAGAAAUCCUUGGUUGGCUUGGUCUAGUUUUGAAUUCUCAACAAGUGAAAAUAGAGCAAGAUCACCAACACUCUUGCAACUAGCAUGUCUCUCAGAUUUAGAAAGAAGCCACCGAAAUAAUAGUUCAUGGAACUCUAGUUGUUUUGAAAGUGUUUAUAACAUUUUACAUGAAGAUCUUAACACAGUUUCAUAAGUUUUGCCUGAAUUUAAACAAGAGGCAGGAAGGAAUGUGGUAUACACAGUUUUUAAUCCCAGCACCUGGGAGAUGGAGGCAGGCAGAUUUCUGUGUGUUUGAGGCCAGCCUGAUCUACAUAGGACAUCUGGGGCUACAUGGUAAGAAAGAGACUUCAGUAUUGGUGUUGGUUUAUAUAUAAGUAUCACACCUGAACUCAGAAUUCCAAAAGACAGAGGUACUUUUCCUCUGUAGGGAAAUGAAGGACUGGCGUGGACUGCCCACGCUUCCUGUCUAUCAGAAACAAAAAGCUCCCUGAGUCUGCUCCUCAGAACCAUUGUGAAUUGUUGAAUGCUAAAGUAUGAGCCUAUAGGACUCUGUACAGGGCUUGCUACUUUUGCUGAUUUUUUUUAGAAGUGUCUUGUUUGUUCCUUCUCAUGGGUUUUGCCUCUCCCCUUGCCUUGCUACCUCUGGAAGUGUCCCCCAAAAGAUUGUAAUUACAAGCUGAAUGCUUAGACCGCUUGAGGUUGUUUUCAGUUACCCGAAGCCUUGCUUUCCUCUGCAAAAAUCUGUGUGCCUGGGAUGUUCAGAACGUUUCUCCAUCACUACGACCCUCAGAAGCCCAUUAGCACAAGAGGGCGUGGGGCAGAGACUCUACAGUUAGGGAAAACGCUUAGGACUGGGGCUCUUCAUUCAGUGUUUGCAGAAAGUGGACCUAGUCUUAAACUACCAACCAGAUUAUUUUUAAAAAAAAAUCUACUAGUUGAUUAUCACAACACCAAGCAUCUUUCUAAUACUUAACCUUUCUCCUGUCCUUAACAUCAUAAACACCAACCCUCUUCCCUUGGUAUAAUGUGUGCUGCCUGUGACACUGGGAAGGUGGGCUUGCUCCUAGAAUCAUCUCUACAGGUGAGCUGGAGGGAAAGAAAAUUGGCCCCAGUUAGUCAGCCCCUCUUUGAAGCUUCUCCUAUCCCUUGUUUCCCUCCAACUCUACCCCUUAGUGGUAGGUGGCUCUGUUAGAGUAGCCUCGGUAUAGUCAAGGGUUGGGGAGAGCCCCCACCCCAAGAUGCAGUUAAUGCUUUGCACUUGGUGGGGAUAUAUCUGUGGUUCAAACAAGAGUGGUGGAGAGCAGGUUAGUCUUACUACAAAGGCUGACUUUGCCUAUGGUUCCUCCCCUUUGCCUGUAUUCCUGGCCCACCUGGGCCUCCCACCUGGCUCCAAAUUGUCGUUUGGUCUUAGUACCCAGGGGCUGCACCUGUACCAACAAAGGAGUCAAGGGCACAGGCAGCCAAUCCAUUCAUAUUAGCUUCCUGACCGCAAGGUUAAGGUUCCCCCAACAAGCAUUCUGCCUGACAUCUGCUUUAUCCAGACAACACAGAUCCAGUUGUCCCUUUGUACUUGUCACUCUGAGCAGAUCUACCCAUGAACCUGCCCCCUUCCUCACCUCUGAACCAGUCAGGAAAAAGACUAGCUAUCUUAUCACUCAGUGCUUAUUGCUCACUGCUUCCGCCCUCUGUGUUCGCCAAGACCGUGGCACAAUGGUGAGCUUUUCCUUUGCUAUGAUUUGCCAGGGCCAAGACUAGGGUGAGGCGACUGGGGAGACGCCCACUCUCAAGGCCCCGCCAGUGCCUUACCCUUGCCGCGGCCCUGCGAUUUGCACUCUGUAAAGUAGUAUCAGUUGCUCUUUCUCUGAGUGUAGUUCUGAUUUGGGGGCAGGUUUUGCGCCAAAUGUUUCCUUGCUGUUUUUCCAUUUGUUGCCAGAAGCCUUUGUAUGCCUAAGCAGUAAAGAAUCUGAAGUAUUAUCACAAACAUUUCUAAAUAGCCUGCUCCAGCUGGUGAGUUAGCACCCAGUCCAGGAGGAACACUGAAGGCCAGUGCCCUUCACCCAGUCAGUUGGAGGUCUGCCCCUGUGACCUUCUGUUGGUUCUUUCUGCUUUGUUCUCCCUCCUCAGAAUCCUUGUGGCCCAGCACCGAUUCUCCUCAGUGCCUCCUACUUUGUUCUCCUCCUAAGAAAAAAAAAAAAAACAUGCUCUCAGGAAAGGGAUGGAUCCAUUUGCUUUGCGACUGGGAGGCUUAAUGCUACCUUUUCCCGAGGGUUGCUUGCAUUUGAACAGGGGAACAGCCUUAAGCCAAAGGAAUGAAGUUCUUGCAGAAUGUUAGGCAUCAACUAGUCGCACAAGUUGUUUUUUACCAUGGAAAGACCAGACUCCCUGACAGCUGGCUCCAGAGUAUAGAAAAUACAGUUUUCUCCUGAAAUCACUAUAGUUAGUUGCUGAUGGUCAAUUAUCUAGAUAAUAACCCUGUGCUAUUUUCCUACCAAGGGACUCUGAGAGAAAGCUACUUCAAAGCCUCUGAAAAGGCCUAGAUCAAUUAUUCAUAUUGUACAUUAACAUGUCUGUGUAAAUGGAAUUAAUGCUACUUACCAUUUAGGUAAAAGAGACAAAGAUUUAAGGAGUUUGUGAACUGUGUCCUGUUUGCGCAAGGUGACUGUGUCGAAUCUGUUUCUUACUGAUGUCAGCCGUCCGAUAUCAGUGGUGGUUCUUAAAUUGGUUGGAAGUGCAGUGACUAAGCACAGGCCUCCACUCCCCCUCCUGCCAGUCUGUCUCUGUUGUGUGCUAUGACUCCGACUUGGUGUGAGAAUGAGACCUUAUCUAUACCACAGCCCCCAGUCCCUUCAAUGCCUUUGCAUGUAUUUCAGCUAUAAGUGACCAAGAUAGUAAGGACUUAAAAAGACAAGAGAGUAGGAAAGAGGUACAAAACAGUGCCUUCGUCAAAGGUCAGAAAGUAGUAUGAUGCUUUUAAAAGGACAUGAAAUAAGCCUAGUCAAAUUAUUUUAUAACACUUUGAAGUCAGUUUUUGGAGGACUACGGUGGUAAAUGUUUUUUUGGCACAUGUUGGAGGCACUUUAGUAAGUUGAGCAAAAAGAAAUUUGCCUAAUGAAGAUUGUGUGAAAUUUUAAGUAUAUACCUUUGUUCUUAAGUAAAGGCCUGAAUCUAGGCCACUGGUUCUCAAAGUGUGGUCUUGGAACCACCAGGAACAACAUAUGAAAGAGAAGAAGGGGGAGGAGAGGGAGAGAGAGAGAGAGAGAGAGAGAGAGAGAGAGAGAGAGAGAGAUUACUCCUUUAAGCCCCCCCAAAUCACCAGAGCCACACCUCUCCAACAAGUUACCAACCUUUCCUACUGGUAGAGUUACCAGUCUCCAAGAAAGAAGUGUGUGUAUCAUCUUCUUGGUCAGCUACACAUUUGUUUGGUGUUGAGAAAUUGCCAGACUGAAUCAGGCCCAUUUGGCCUGGUUUGAGUUUUUUUAGUAGCAAGAACAACAACAAAGGGUGGUGUAGUUCCGUUUGGCAUUACCAAAAUAAACGACCUCACCAUGGUGGCUGUUCUCCAGGAGGGCUCUAGCAAAAACAUAUUUGAUUUUGAGGUUCUGCCUAAUGUAAGAAGUGUGGCAUUUUAUGGUAUUGACCUCCCCCCUACUGAUAAACAAACAUCGGAACCAGAGCAACCAGUGAACCCCUCUCAACCUCUUUGUAAUGCAAGCUUUAUAGAAAUUUAUUCUGUCUGUGGUCUUGAGAUUUUCUAUGUCCAAUUUUAUAAAAUGUUCUGCAUGCGAACACAGCAUCGUGGUCACUGUAUCAGUCGCUCCAAAGCCAUUCCUCCUCCGUGUGUGCUGGUGAAGAAAUACUAACAUGUAAGUUCUGAUGUUUCCUGAUCAACUGUAAAUGACAUUUGCAUUAAUUUUUAAAUGAGAUAUAUUUACUCUGGCUAGCAGUUAAAACGGAAUUCUUUUUAUUAUCUUUCAUUGCUACUUUUUUUCUACUGACUCCAAGGCUUACUUUUGCGGAGGGAGGGGGGAUUUCUUAUUUCUAGAUUGUUGUAUUUCUCUUAUUUCUAUAUUUAUCUAUUAAUCACAGAGUGUAAGAGCCGAAAGGGACCAACCCCCCCCCUUGUGUCAUAGAAGAAAUUAAGGCCCAGAAGGUUCAGGUGACUUACCCAAGGUCACACCGUGAGUCUGAGGCAGGGCCCAGCCUCACUUCUAGGUCUCCAGCCUCUGGGAUGAAUGUCUUGUCAUUUAAAGCACUAUAUUUAUGAAGGACCCAUGACUGGCUUCUACUUAUCUGAUGUAUGAAUUUCCCAAGUAUUUCAAUGAAAAAAAAAAAAAAAAACAACAACCUAUAUGCUUUAAGGGAACAUGCGCAAGCAUUCUUUAGUUAAUGAAUCCAAAGAAAAUCUGGUUUUUAGAUUAGAAACUCAUUCCCCUCCAUGUUUGCUAUCUGUGCCCUAUUUUGUAGAGUGGAUGUAUUUCCUAAAAGCUAUGUGGAAAAAAAAAUGAUUUAUAUAGAACAAAUUUCAUUUUUAGUAGGAAAGUUUCCCUACGUGAGGGAAUCUUCUAGGGGCUUCUUUUAGAAAAACAAGACUUCUUGUCAUCCAAGAAGGUCUUUCAUUACCUAUUAGUAUGAACUUUUGUAGUUGCUGUUGACUUCAAGUAGGGCAAACCAGUGUUAGCUUUCCUAGAGUUUACUAGAACCUUACCUUCCUAAUCUUUUUGAGAGAUCUUGAGACUGUUAGAUGCUUAUGAACUACUCAAUUAUAUUCUAGAAACCUCACCUUACUUCCUAUUUUACCAAUCCCUGGGCUCAAAUCCCAUCUCUAUCUGAUCAGAAAAUAACAGUGUUCCCUAAUCAGUACUUAUCUCUCCAUGUGGUCUCUUUUCCAGAACAUCCUUUGCCCAGUAUUUCUUAGCGUGCUCUGAACUUAGCCACCUCGGGCCUCCUUCCGUAAAUCACACAUACUUCGUCCUAUGAACUUGUGGGCACUAUAUUUCAGUGUUGUGCUAGUCAUGCCAAGCAAUAUUUCCAGUUACUUCCAUGUUCUAAUUUCUCUUGGAUCUCUUCUGACUUCCCUUUCCAGGCUCAAAGGGACUGAUGGGACUUUUUCCCAUCAUUUCAGGAAAUCUAUACACUUUUUCUACAAAGGGCCUGAGUAUAAUUGUUUUAGGGUUAUAUGUGUCACAUAUGGUUUCUGUGGCAGGUUGUUUUGUUUUGUUUUUUGUUUUGGUUGGUAUGUUGUUUGUCCAUUUACUUGUUUUACAGCCUUUGGAACAUAUGAAAAACACUCUCAGCUCACAGGCCAUGCAUAGCUGAUACAUGAGCCACACUCCCAUUUCUGAGCUCAGCCCCAUGUUGGUGAGGGCUGGCACAGUGGCACAGUAUGCCAUCAAGGCUGAUCAUCUGAUCUAGGUUUGAGUAGAACCCACAGGGUAGAAGAAGAGAGUCAACUCUUGAAAAUUAUCCUCUGACCUCUGAGCAUGUGCCAACACACAGGCUCACACAUACAAAUAGAUAAAUGCAAUCAUUCUAAAAAGUUUUUCCUAAGUGAGACUUGUACCAAAGGCUGUCACUAGCUGCCUCAUAUACACCAUACCAUCAGACCAGUCUACCCACAUCGAGACAGGAACAGGUGAAGAGGGGCUGCAUUUGACAGUCUUUCUCUGUGUUCCCCUAUCACACAUAUAAGCAUAUUGAUAUAGAAUAUCUUACUUCCUUCUAUGGAUAUGUCCCAUUUGUUGUGUUUUGUUGUGUCUCUGUUUGCCCAUGAUUAAGGUAAACUGGUAAGAGAGUUAACUUAGAACUUUUGUCCUGUCCUUUGUCUCUCUUACUUGGGCCACAUGGUCAUAUCCUACACUGCUAUCUCCAGUUUAGGGUGCUGUCUUUCAAAAGUCUUAUAGCACACACUAUAAGACUCCAAUUCAGUUUACAAUUUCCUGGGGGAAAAAUAUCCCCAGCUUCCGGGUUCCACGGGCUGAUUUUAAAACCCAGAACACACACCUAUCUCUGUCCAUUGCAAUUGAAACCUAGCGCUAGACAGCAUGAAACCCCAGCAAGAAACCAAUGGGGUGCAGAAAGUAUUUGUGCCAGUGUCCUCUGCCUCCUGAGUCUCCAUCUCCUAGAGUGUAUCAUCCCACUCCUCUAGCCCAUAGGCAUCCAACACACCAUAUCCUCUCUGCUUCCCACCAUAUCCUGUUUCAUUCCUCCCUCUCUCCUGCUCCCCUCCCACACCCCACACUUUCAGGAACUGGAGUUCAGGUUCACAGUUCUCACACUUGCUGUGUAUGAAUGGGGGCAGACCCGUGGCUGCGGGCGUGUAUGCCUGUAGGAGUGUGUUUUCUGCACCCCGGCUUUGAAUCACGCCCGAGUGUGUGCACAACAAACACACAGUGCUCUCGUUGGUCCUGUGGUCCAGAACCAGAUCCCAUGAGACUGGUCAAGGACAGGAAUGACAGAGAGAGGAGUCUUGAGGCACCACUCCUUCUUGACUUUGGAGAGCUUAUUUGCAUUGACUUGUGCUGGCUCCUCUCCCACAGAGACAUUUAAAGGAAGUCCUCUGUGUCAUUCCCCGCAGGCAAGCAGCCACGGAGCCAGGACUUUUAUUGCAUGUGGGCUCAGUCACUGGGACAUAAGCUGCGGCUUUUUCAAGCUCCACAGACUCACUUCUUAGGCCCUUUAGCUUGAUUUCUGUCAUUUGAACCCAGGGAUCUACCUAUUUCCUGAAAUCGGAAUUUCCAAACAUCAGAUUCGAAUAACUUUCCAGGGUUUCCUCUUUCAAAGCACCCAUGAAAUGGUUCAUUUCUGCCUUCUGUUUAGGAUUUCCAGAAUUAGGAAGGGAAGGAAAAGAGGGUUGUGCCUUGGACCUAAGAGGAGCCCAAGUAGUACACCAGCUCAAAAAUCAGAGUGAGGACUCAGGACAGGUCAGCCCUGCUGCUCAGCCCUAGUACAGUUGUGCUGACUCAGUGCUGCAGCCAGUGUUCCUGGGCCCACUGUGCUGUGAAGACAAACGCCAGAUGGGGAUGUACAAAGUGAUGGCCUACACUGAAAGGCAGGGGUAGUGCCCAUCCCCAGGGAUGGGACUGUAGCCUGGAUUCCAAUGCCAGGAGAAGCAGUAACUACAAGAGAUCACACACCCAGUCUUGGUAGGAUUCCAACACAAACUAGAAGGGAGUCACCUCUGUGGGGUGAUAUUAUAAAGGUGAUUUCUAGUCUUUUGUUUCCUUUUUUUUUUUUUUAAUUUUGGCCAAGAUUCCUUACUCGCUUGCUACCAGCAAUCGAACUGUAUUCUUUAUAGAGCUAGAGCUGUUUGUGUCUUCUUAAAAAUAAACUUUUUCUGUUAAAAUCA